AAAAAAUAAAUUUAUUCACACAAAAAAUCAUGAUUUUCUUGAUGUUUGUUCCUCAAAUUUAUCACUUUAUAAAAUAAAAGUUUUAUAAGAAACGUCUGAAAUUGUUUGUAGCUUAUGCAAUUUUAUUAUUAUAAAGAUCGUUGAAAUUGGCCCGAUACGUUCAAAAAUGUAUAUUUUAUGAAAAUCAACACAACUCUUCUCUGAGCGUCAUGUUUUAAACACUCAAUGCAAAGCCGGCAAAAAUGAUCGAAGAUCAAAUAAAAUUUUCUUUUCAUUCAAGACGUGAAUGAAAAUUUUCUCGAUCUCUGAAGCUUCUCAAUUCCUCUCAAAUAUCACAAGAUCUCUCUCAAAAUAAAGUUUUCAACAAUCAAUAUUGAGAAAGCAGCAAUGAGAAUGAACUUUUCUUAAAUUGAGAAGGGAAAUGAAAAGAAAAAAAAUUAAGAACAGAUAGACGAUCCCCUUCUUUUCAAUUUUUCCGCUCAGUAUUGAGUUGAUCGUGGUCGCGUUAAAAUGUGUCGAGUGGAAUCUCUCGAAGAUUUUCUUAAUUUUUAAGUGGAAAUAAGAAUAAAAAGAACAGUUGCUAGUUUCUAUAUAGUUUCUAAAACAACUCACAUGCAACUCAACAAAUAAGAGCAAUAAAAAUUUCAUCGGCAACUGUAUUGGCAGCGAUCGAUGUUUGAAAAACAAUUAAGAUUAAUUGGUAAAUUACGCAUGCCCUUGUGCUAACUGGUGCCGCCUGCGCUUAUUUAGAUUGUGAUUAUAAUUUUAUAGCUUAUUGGUGCAGUUUUUAUGUUUAAGUUAUAUGAUUUGUGUAUUCACUUUGGGCUGGUCUGUGCAUAAUACAAUAUAAAGAAACAAUUCAGUCCUUAAACAGUUGAAUUCCUUAAUUAUUAAUAUUUUUCUGAUCUUAAAGAUUGAAAAUGAAAAUAAUAGUAAAUGCACUUUUUAAUAUUGUAAGCAAUAAUUUUUCUACCAGUUAACUCAAUUGAACUGCGAUAAAACCAAAAAAAUAGGAACAGAAGCAACAGUAAAUGAGUGCAUCAUUUGACUGAGGGGAAGAAAUGAUGAGAGAAAAAUUUUAGUGUGAAACAAAUAAACACAUAAAAUUAAGAGAGGAAAAAAAAAUUGUGUAUAUGGAAAUUAUCACAUUUAAAAUUAAGUUGGAUGAGUGAAGUGGUGUUUAUGAUCUGCAACAGCCGGAUGUAAAGAAUUUUGAUUCUUGAUCAAAUAUGAUGUGAGAGGGAGGAAGUGAAAACUUAAGAUGUUGUGAAACACAAAUUGAUGCCCUUUUUAUUGUGAAAGGAUUAAAGUUAAUUCUUCUUACAAAAAGAUUGUGCCAUAAAAUAAGAAGUGCCAUAAAAAUUAAAUUAAAUUGUUAUUUGUAAAAGGUUUGAGAAUCGACUCAAAAAAAUGUGAAAUGUGCGUGUACCUUGCAUAAAAAAAAUUAAGCAUAAAGAUUCAAAAUAAAUUGAAGUGAAAAAAGUUAUUGUUGCCACAUGUUUUCAAGAUGAAUUUGAGACACUAUUUGCUGCCAUUAUGGAUAUUUUUAGGAUUAAUUUUUUCAUAUGUUGAUGCUGUCAAAGUAUCGUUCUUUGGCGCGAGUCACAUUAAUAUGCCUCUUCAAGAGGCUAAAUUAUCAACAAAUGUACGAAUGAAAUUUCGUUCUCGGCAAUCAAAUGCAUUGAUAUUUUUGACAUCCGGUAGGACAGAUCAUUGUCUGUUGACGUUGAAUGAGGGACGAAUAAAAUUUCAACUUAAAGUCAACGAAUAUGAGACUGAGCUCUGGUCUCCAAAACAAUUCACAUUCAAUGACUUAAUGUGGCAUGAGGUAGUCAUUCUCCGUUAUGAAACAAACCUCACUCUUCAAAUUGAUGAACAUUUUGUACGAAGAACUCUCCCUGUCGAUGUUCGAGAUCUAAAUGUCCAUUUUGGAGUUUACUUAGGUGGAAUGAUUGGAUCUACAGCUCCAUAUCUUCAGGGAGUUGAUAACUUUCGAGGAUGCAUAUCUGAUGUUUUCUACAAUAAUAUAAAUAUUCUGAAACGUGCCAGAGAAAAAUCGAACCAUGUUGAGACUGAAAGAAUCACUUGGAAUUGUGCUCCUGAAUUUGAUGCUGAAAAUCAUGAAACAAUUAGUUUUGUUGAUGAUCUUGAAGGAUUUAUCGUUUAUAGAAAAGCUUUUGAGGAAAGAAGAAUGAGGAAUGGAGAUGUUUGGUCAUUUGAUUUUAAAACAAUUGAAGAAUAUGGAGCUUUACUAUACAAUCUCGAGCAAUCCAACAGAUUUGAUUAUCUUGCCCUCGAGAUCAUUGACAGCCGACUGAGACUUCUCGUUGCAAAAGGAUCAAAUGCAGUAGAACUUAUUCCUGAUAGAAAUGUGAGUGAUGGUAAAUGGCACAGUGUGAUAAUCGAUUAUAACCCAUCUGAAGUGAAAAUAUCUGUCGAUGACUUCCUCAAUACAGCAUCAUUUGCGAAUGGAAGUUCCAAUUAUCUUGAGUUGGGACAAGAAUUUCAUAUUGGUGGACUAGAUUCAGAUGCACAAAGAAAGCGAGCUACGAAUAAAGGAUUUCAUGCUAAAGAUGCAAGCUUUAAAGGAUGCAUGAAAAAUAUUUAUAUUAAUUCUGAAUUAAUUGGAUUUCCAAAGAUGAAAAUUACUUACGGUACAGCUAUCGGGUGUGUCUGGAAAUAUCCAUGCAUUGAUACUUCCCCAUGUGUUCUUAGUGCCAGAUGCCAUCAGCAAGGAAUCGAUGAUUUCAUUUGUUCUUGUGACCAAAAUUUCUGCAUCCGAAAUGACUAUCAGCAACCUUACAAACUAUUCACAACUUUUGCACCACCAGAACAUAUUCCAUUGCUGGAAGUAACUCCAAUGUCAGUUUUAGAAGGCGGUUAUAUGUUUUUGUCUCCAGAAUUUGUACGAGUCGUAUUUGAGUUCGCAAGAUUGAAGCUUCAUGAAAGUAAUAUCCUCUUUAACAUUACACAGCAACCAAAAUAUGGAAAGCUGUCAAUCCUAGGGAAUGGCGAGCACUACAAUGAAACUCAUUCAAGAAUUUUUUCUCUGGUUGACUUACAGACAGACAAAGUCAAGUAUACACAUGAUGGAAGUGAACACUUUUCAGAUCAUAUGGGUCUUGAAAUGCAAUUUGGAAUGAAAGAUAAUAUCGGAAUAAUUUUAGAGAAAAGAAAGUUCGUGCUGCACGUCAAUGUGACUCCAGUUAAUGACCCACCAGUUCUUAAACUCCCAUCGAACAAAAUUCUUAGAUUAAUUCAGGGAAUUCCCAAAGUAUUAGGAUCUGACCUAUUAACAGCAUAUGACCCCGACAGCUCAAACAGUUCAUUAAUAUUCACAAUUCUUAUGAAGCCAAGCAGUGAAGGGGAAAAUGGAAUUUUGGAAGUAAAUGGAAAGCAAACAGAUUCUUUUUCUCAAGAGGAUGUCAACAACAAGCUUGUCACAUACCUUGUUAAUUCCCAUCACACUAAAGAUACAUUUUUUGAUAUAAGUCUGCAAGUUUCUGAUGGGAUUGAGACAAGUAGCUCCGAAACCCUUCAAGUUUCUGUUCAGCCACUUCAACUUCGAAUGAUGAAUAACACAGGACUUGUUAUGAUUCAUAAAUCUCCAUCAGUAAUUACACCAUCUAAUCUCUCAUUUACAACAAAUUCCGAUGACGAUAAUCUUGAUGUGAAAUUUGAUAUAACAAGGCAGCCGCAUCACGGUGUUAUACAGAAACUACGUUCAGUUGACUCAUCGUGGAUUUCAGUUGAGACUUUUACGAGCAAUCAAUUGCAGUUGGGACAGAUUCGUUAUCAUCAUACGUCGCCAGAAUUUCCGCAUUUUGAUGAGUUUAAGUUUACUGCUACUCUUGGGCCUGUCAAGUCAUCAGUUUAUGAUUUUAGAAUUACAUUCACAAAAUUAAGGAUUGGUAUUCAAAAGCAUCAAAAUAAAGUCAUAAAUGGAACUAAAGAUACAGUAAUAGACAAUGAAUGCUUAUAUCAUCAAACAACUCCAAUUCCAACAUUUUCAAGAACAAUAAUUUAUACGUUAUUAGCUGUUCCAAGAUUUGGAAUUCUCUAUGUUGCUGGCUAUGAUGGCUCUGCAAAAGCUGGUGACUCAUUUACUCAACAUGACAUCGAUGAACGCAGAAUUCGUUAUAAAACAUUUAGAACUUCUUACUCAUUAUUCGUCGAUGAUAUUGAAUUCAUUGUGACAGUGCCAGAAUGUGAAGAUAUAAUCGGUUCCAUUAAAAUAAUUUAUAACCCAGACGAUAAUUUAGCAAAGACACUAACAUAUCAGAGAAAAGACAAAUUGUAUGUAAAUGAAGGUGAACGUACAGCAAUUUCCAGAAUUCAUUUUGACGUGUUGCUUAAUAAAUUUAAUUCUUUGUCAUUUAACUUGACACAUUCACCGAGUCAUGGAGAUUUAUGUCUAGUAACUAAUGAAUAUAAGGAGAGAAUUGAAAGUUUUCAACUCGAGAAUUUAUACCUUGGGGAUGUCUUUUAUUGCCAUGAUGACUCUGAGUCAAAUGACGAUUCAAUGAAGAUUUUAAUAACUUCUGACAGUCAAACAGACUUUCAGUACGUCAGUGAGAUUGCUAUUGACAUUUAUUUACAGAAUGAUAAUCCACCAGUCAGGCAAAUUGACAAAAAGUUCCCAAUUGUGCGAGGAGAUUCCAAGAUUAUUACAUCAGCAGAAUUAAAAUAUUCAGAUCCUGACAUUGAUUCUCGAGUCGCUGAUAUUAUUUACAGAAACAUCCAGUCAGCAAAUGGUGAAGUCAUGAUUGGUGGAAUCACAGCACUUUCAUUCAAUCAAGAUGAUGUUAACAACAUGAGGGUCUACUUCAAUCAUUCAGGAGAUGAUUAUGGAAGAGUUAAUUUUAUAGUCACUGAUGGAACUUUCGAUGUUCCUGGAAUGCUUGAAAUAGAAGCUUCCGAUCCGUUCUUAAAGAUUAGGGAAGUGAAUGCAUCUAUUGUUCGAGAAGGCCAUCAUGUACCAAUUACACUCGAAGAUUUGAGUAUUGAGACAAACUUGAAUGUUAAACCUGAUCAAAUUGAGUAUAAAAUCAUUGAAGAUCCAAGUCAUGGAGUUCUUAAGCAUUAUCGAAAAAAGUACAAUCUUACCUACACAGGCAGACAUAAUAACACAACAUCUAUUAAAAAUUUCACACAAGCAGAAGUUGAGAAAGAGAGAAUUGCUUAUUUAAAUACCGAAGUGGCUUCGAUGGACAGAUUCAAGUAUCGAGUUACAGCCAAAAGUGUUUGGACAGAGGGUGAAUUACUUAUUAGAAUUUAUCCAGCAGCUUAUUGGGAGCCAUUGCAAAUUAAACGUAAUCAGACACUUUAUGUCGAAGAGUCGACGAGUGUCACAAUAUUAAGAGAUGUGCUGGAAAUUGGACACCCAAGUAUUUCUCCUGGCGAUAUCACAUACUUAGUAACAACAUCACCGCAACAUGGAUAUUUGGAGAUUCAAUCAAUAACAUCAGACGAUGAGUACAAUUCAAAAGUCUUUGAUCAAUCGACAAUAAAUUCGGAGAAAAUGUUUUAUAUACAAGCUGGUGUUAAUCAGUCAUCAGAUUAUUUCAAGUUUGAUGUCACGAAUGGAAUAUAUUGGUUGAGAGAUUUAAUUCUGAAGAUUGUAAUAAUACCAGAGAAUUUGUACGUUAAGACAGCAAAAUUGUUUGUUGAAGAAGGCAAAUCAGUAAAGCUCACUCCCGAGCACAUGAUACCAUACUCAGAAUACUAUAUAGGAAAAAUUAUUGAAUACAAAAUCCUAGAACUUCCUCGAUUUGGUUCUAUAAAAUCAGGAAAGUCAUCAAAAAUCAAUAGAUUCACUCAAAAGCAGCUUGAAGCCAAUGUUGUACAAUAUAUCCACAGUGGAAGUGAAGAUCAUUUUGAUAGCAUGAAGUUGAUUGCCUAUGCUAAAAAUAAGGAAAGCUUACCAUUCGAGUUGUUUAUUGAGAUUCAACCUGUAAAUGAUGAAGUUCCAGCUAUUGUCACAAAUACUGGACUACAGAUGUGGAUUGGUGGAAAGUCUGUGCUGAAAAAUACUGAUUUGAUGGUUCAAGACUAUGAUACUCCACCAGACAAUCUUACAUACUACAUCCAACAUCUAUCAGGUGGAUAUUUGAGCUACAAGAAUUUUUUUAAUAGAAAAAUCCACAAUUUCACUCAAGAAGACAUAAAUCGUGAGUUGAUCUAUUUUAUAAAUGACUACAAUAUCCAAGGUGCCCAAUUAGGUCAGGUCGUAUUCUAUGUUACUGAUGGAAUUCAUAAUACAAGUGAACAGAUACUUUACGUAACUAGCAAUCCUGUAGUUCUUGAAGUUGACAAGAAUGAAUUUCUUCAUGUAUUUCCAUUGACGAGGAAGCAAAUUUUACCUGAUCAAUUAUUCUAUAAAUGCUCAGAUGUAGACAGAGAAAUUAAGUUUCAAAUAACUGUCAUGCCACAAAUCGGUAAGAUAAUCCGCGAAGAUACAACAUUGGGAAUUACGAAUGAGGUACAAGAAUUCACGCAAGAUGAUAUCGAAAAUGGAAGAAUUUUUUAUGAGCACACGUCGCCAAUGGUGGAACUUCGUACAAAUGACUCAUUCUUCUUUGACGUCAAGGCACUUUUUGCACCGUCAUUAAUUGAUCAAGCAUUCAAUAUUGAGAUUUCAGUAUCGUCUGGUGGACUUUUGAAAUUUUUACCAAACAUUCGAAUCGUUGUUGAUGAAGGUGAUUUGGCGCCAAUUCAUCUUGAUUUGUCACGAGUUUUGGAAUAUUUAGAAACUCGUGUAGCUAUCCAGUCACCAGAAUUAUAUGUCGAGACAUAUCAACCUUCACAUGGAUACAUAAAAACAAUGGACUCAAGGAAAGACAUCAGUAAAUUCAGCUUGAUUGACUUCAAUAGUAAUAAAGUUUAUUAUCAACAUGAUCAUUCAGACACAGUUGAAGAUAAAAUAUCAAUGGCUGUUUAUCUUCUUGUUGGAAAUAUAUUCUUAUGCAAUAUAACAAUUCCAGUCACAAUUAAUCCUUUAAAUGAUCAGCCUUUCUAUUUGAUCACAACUUCACCAAGGAUAUCGGUCAUUGAAGGUGAAAAUAAGACAAUCACAAAUGCAGACUUACUGACUGAAGAUGCUGACACAGCGGCUGAUGGAAUUAUAUACGAAAUUAUUAGCAAUCCAAUGCAUGGUAUGCUGCAAAAAAUUUCUGAUGAGGGAUAUGUUCAGAAUAUUAUUUCUUAUGGGAAUCAAUUCACACAAGCAGACAUCAAUGAUCGUAGAAUUAUCUACACGCAUUCAGGAAGUCCUGAAUCAACAACCUUUACAUUUAAGGUGUCUGAUGGUGAAUUUAAACCAGCUUACGAGACAUUUGCGAUUAAAAUUCUUCCAAUUCAAAUCUUCCCAAGUGUAAUUGCUAAACCAUUGGCAGUUCCUCAAGGGUCCAAUAUUGGAAAUUUAUCAAUCGAUCAUGUAUCCAUUGAGACAAAUGUACAGAAAAGUCGAUUGAUUUACAACAUCACAAAGCUUCCGAUUGGUGGAAUUUUAAAUAACAACAAUAAGCAGAUUUUUAGAUUUAAUCAACGACAAUUAGAAGAUGGAAUCAUACAGUAUGUCCAAAACGAUAUGACAAGAAGUAAUGAUUCUUUUCAGGUAAAUGCUUACAUCCCAGAUUCAUCAUCAUCACUUCUAGUCGACAUCCUAAUUGUAGUUGAGCCAUUUAUUCAAAUUGUCCCAAUAACAGUCACACCAAGCAGUAAAGUAAGGUUGAUGUCAACUUUUGUGCCAGACAAUCCAACACAACUAAAGUUAAAUCGCUAUAAUCCAAAGAUUGUAAUAUCAAGGAAGCCUCAGUUUGGAAAAUUGAGGAAAAUUCGAAGGAGUACAGGAGAUGUUGAGAAUGUUAAUGAUAAGGAUGUGACAUCGUUCACUUUUAAGGAAAUGAAAAGUGGAAUAAUUUACUAUGUAGCUAGGAAAUUUCCACCUGGAUUUAAUGGAAUUAAUGAUACAUUUGAGUAUAUUCUGACAACAAAAACUGCUCAACCAGCUCAGGGAGUUGUGGUUGUAGAGAUUCAGUCGCCAAAUCGUGCUGGUGAAGAUUAUGUGCCCGAAAUUCCUGCACCUGAUUUGGCAUUUUUACCGUUUGAUGUAAUGUGUCUGCUUGCUAUCCUUUUUGGAAUUAUUCUGUUCCUUAUUUUAAUAAUCCUAAUCAUUAAAUGCCGACCAAGUAAGAAAGCCAAGAAAGAUCCAGCUAAAGACAAUCCACCGCAUUUACCUCGACCACCUGACUUUAUAACAAUGAAUAACACUAGAAGCAUGUACACUCCGUCUGACAACGAGUCACUUCCAAUAACACAGUCAUCAACACCAUUACCUGUACUUAGUAAUGUGCCGCAUUGUAAAGUAAUUCCAAUUGGUCAGUUAGAUAUUCAAGAUUCAGAUCCUGAAGACAUGAUUGAUAUGCGUGAAGAUGCACGAGAACAAAUGUUGAGAGGAUAUGGAUAUAGCGAAGGUCCUGAAAGUUGGACAUCAUCUCUUGGUGAUAUGGGAACGAUUCCUGAAGUCAGCUACUCAUCCAUUGCUCAACCUCAACAUAUUUCGCCAAAAAUUAAUCCACUGCUCAGGAGGAAUCAAUAUUGGGUGUAGAGUUAAAGUAGUCUUAAUGUUGAACAAGAGAAAUUACUGUAAAUAAUGUAAAGAUUUUGGAUCUAGGACAUAAUUUUUUACUUUUCAAGUGUGCCUUAACUAGUUGAUAUUUUAAUAAAAACAACCAAAUGACUUAUACUCUAGUAUCAAGGUACUCAUAUCUAGGAAUAAACAGCUUGUAGCUACUGAAAUAAAUCAUAACUAAUGCAUUUGAGUGAGAAAUGAAAUUUCUUCUUAGGAAAAAUAAUGAAUUUAUUGCUAAAUAAAGGAAAUGAAUUAAAUUCACUUAAUUAUUAAGGAAUGGUAAACAUUUUUUUUUUUUGUAAAAUCAUAUCAGUUUGUAUCUUAACUCUAGACAACUUUUGUAAAAGAAUACUUAAUAUUAAGAAGUACUUUAAGUUUACUUUUUUUAGGCUCUUGCAUUUUUCGAUGAUUAUAAUAAUCGAAAAUUUUGUUGAGGAGUCAAAUUUAUUUUCCAAAAGUCAACAACCUUAAGGACAGAAUACUUCAAUUUUUCAACAAUUUUUUAUAAAAGACUCAUGAUAGAGUUAACAUUUUUUAUAUCGAAUAAAUCAAAAAACAUUAUUUUAAUAAUCAUUUAAAAAUCCUUUGGACGGACAGUAGUUUCGUGACUAUCUUAAUCAUCACUAUGAUCAUAUUUUUAUAAGAUGUGCGAAUCUAGACUUCUAUAAAAAUUAUUUUUAUAUUGCAAACAUUUUUAAAAAUUGAUACAAAUUCAUCUUUAAUUCCUUGCUUACCAAUUCAAAUCUAUGAGCAUUAAAAAUUCAUUCAACAAUGUUUUCUGUCUGUAAAUUGUAAGAAAUUUUCUCUUAUUAAUAUUCAAUCUAUUCAGCACAGACAAUUGACAUAAAACGAGUGAAAAAAAAUCGAUAAGGAAUUUCUCAAAAAUUCUGUUGACAUAAUAAAUAGCUUAGACACUAGAAUGUAAUGUAAGAAAUGAAAUGAAUGACUUAAUAAAGAAGGAAAGAAUAGAAUAAUUAAAAUAACUUAAAUUAACGUUUUGUUUAUCUUCAUACAAUUAAAUACUUUGUUGUAUCAUGAAAACAUUCGACAUGCUUUUUUUGUGGACGGCAGGGCUUGAAGUUUAAUGGGAUUUUAAGUGGAAUGUCAAUGAACUAGACUGCUGAUUUUGUUGAAAACUAAAUUUUUGAGCUAUUUUAACAAAAUUAUUCCCAUCUAGUUCCAACCCUGAUAGACGACAUGAAGAUCAAAUCCCACUAAUAAUCUAGUGAUGUAUACAAUACUUUAUAUCUUAAUUGCACUAGAAUGUCGUUUCAAUUUUUGGCUUUUCAGUGACCGGUGUCAACUGAAGUCCUCGAUUAUCAUAAGAGUAAUCAGCAGUUGGACUGCUUGUAAGUGUAUCUUCAGCAGGAUAUCUUGUCGAUAUUGGUGUACUUACAGUCUUAGCUUCAUACUCUGUGCCAGUUACAGUAAAAAUACUUGAUGAGCGAUUUAAGUUGUGAUUGUUGUUCUGUUGAUUUUGUGCCUUGAUUCGCAUUCUUGGACUGGCAGUUUGUGGAUUGGCUAUCGUCAUUGGUUCUAUUGGUUUCACAUUCUUUACAGGCUUCUUAACUGAUGGAAUUGAGUUUUUGCAGAUUUUAAAUAACUUUUUUCCAUUGAAUGCCAUAAAAAGUAUCAAGAGGAUCACAACAAGCACAAAUGUUACCGUAAGAUAAAUUUUAAGAUUCUUUAUUUCCG